GCUGGGGCCUCUCCACAGCAGCAGUCUACGAGUCUUGUGCAGCCUGUCGUAGCGGCAACAACCAAGAGUGCACCCCCGGCGGCACCCGCUGAAUCUGCCGCAGCCUUGCCCGUUAAGACACCAAAGACGGAAACUACACCUGUUGGAAAAUCCUCACCCGGAAUGGUAUCUGAAAUGCCAAUACGGCCCGUCGUUUCAGAAGGCGUAAAAGCAGCCAUCGAGCAGCGUUUGCCCUCCACGCAAGCGCAUCAAGAGAAGGCUAGAAUAAUGAUGGGGGCUAUGGCUGAUAGUCGCCCUGCGGAAAAAUGGGAUGUAACGGCAGACGAGGAGGAUGAAUCGCGACAGAAUGCGGCUUCUGAACUGCUUGAUGUCAUUAUUUCCCGGACAAAAGAACUGGACGCAGAGCAGGCUGCUGAGGAUAAAAUUGUUCCGUCCACAACGGCUCAGACCUUCAAGGUCCCGGAGGCGGAACCUCCUAAGACUAGCGCGCUGCUUGACGUCCUGAUGAUGAAAGAUGAGGAUUCCGUAACACCUGCCAAAGACAAAUCAUCGGAGGCCUCUGCCAAGUCUUCCAUCGGGUCACCGAAAGCAGAACCUACGGGCAAGGCUACUGAAAACACAGAAAAACAGGAGGGGCUCAUGUCCGAGCUGGUGAAGUCCAUUAAAAUGAAAGACGUUGAGAUGCAUUCGAGUUCUACUGAAAAAAAUGAUCACACAGCAAGUCGGGAAAAACCGAAUAAGGAGCAGCCUACUGCGAAGGAACUCGAAUCGGUCCUGGCUAAAGCCGUUAUUAAUAAGGACCAGGAAGUCCGUCAACAGAAGGAACUGUUUGCUACUCUGGCCAGCGCUGUUGAAAAGGAAGACGAAAAACUUCACCCAGAAAAGGUACAUGAGUCGGCUUCGCCAGUUAAGACCCCAUCCCUCACACCAAAGACAAAAUCUACACCUUUUGGAACAUCUUCAGCGACAGAGGCAUCUGACUUGCCGGUGCGGCCCGUGAUCUCAGAAGGCGUUAAAUCGGCCAUCGAACAACGUCUGCCUUCCAACCAAGUACAUCAAGACAAGGCUAGGAUGAUGAUGGGGGCUAUGCUUGCUAGUCACCCUACGGAUAACGAAGAUUUAAAGUCAGAUAAGGAGCAUGAAUCGCAAGAGACUGCGGCUUCUGACCUGCUUGAUGUCAUUAUUUCUCGGACAAAGGAACUGGACGCAGAGCAGACUGGGGAGGAUAAAAUUGCUCCGUCCGCCACCGCUCCGAGCUUCAAGGUCCCGGAGAAGGAACAUCCCAAGAGUAGCGCGCUGCUUGACGUCAUGAUGAUGGGAGACGAGGGUCCUGAAACACCCGCCAAAGACAAAUCAUCGGAAGUCUCUCCCAAGUGUCCAGUCGAGUCAUCGAAAGGUGAACCUGCGGGCAAGGCAAGUGAAUCAAACGUCACGUCUAAACUGCUCAUGUCUAUUAAAAUGAAAGACGUUGAAAUGCACUCGUCUUCUACUGAAAAUAAGGGAAACAACGAAAAAUCGAGCAAAGACCAGACCAGUACGCAGGAACUGGAAUCGGUCUUGGCCAAGGCCAUCAUGAAUAAAGAUCAUACAGCAAGUCAGGAAAAACCGGAAAAGGAGCAACCAACUGCAAAGGAACUCGAAUCGGUCUUGGCCAAGGCCAUCAUAAAUAAAGAUCACACAGCUAGUGAGGAAAAACCGAAAAAGGAGCAAGGAGCGAAGGAACUAGAAUCGGUCUUGGCUAAAGCCGUUAUCAAUAAGGACCAGGAAGUCCGUCAACAGAAGGAACUGUUUGCUACUCUGGCCAGCGCUGUUGAAAAGGAAGACGAGAAACUUCAUCCGGAGAAGGCACGUGACUCAGCCGAGAGUAAAGGCAGCGAAGACGGCAAGUCUGAACAUCCCGAGAAAACCGCCGCGCCCACAUCCGCAUUAGCAUAA